GCUCGAAAGUAAGCAGGAGUUGUGGGUUUGUUUUAGUUCCUGUGUUGGCUCUAAUUACAACUGUGUGUAAGAAAAAAGUACAUUGUUUGAAAAGUGGAUUGAAAGGAGACAUUUAAAAAGAUCCAUGCUGUACAAGUAGUGAUCUGACAACUUCAUGAAUUAUUUUGUGUGAUGUGUUCUUACCGUAUUUUAAAAAAAUAUAUUCGAUUGGAUUAAAAUUCUUAAAUAAUUUUAUAUUGUUUAGUGAAACGGAUAGAUCAUUCCAAUAUAUGCAUAGUUCAUGAUCAGCCCUGAAAGAGACAAAAGAUUUCUUUCAUAAUGAAAGAGACAGAGGAGAGCCAUGAAGUAUUCGAGAAAUUCCGGGAUAACGCGAGAACCUAGGACCACAGUUGGAAUUCUGACCCUUUCUUAUCUUGCGGACUAAGCAGCAAUGAUUCGGUGCUUAACAAUUAUGGAAAUAGCCAUAGAAACGUUUGUUUGAAUGAAAUUGAGGAUAAAGAAAUAACUACGUAAAGAAUGUUUUGUAUUCCAUGGAAUUUACCUAAGGGAGUCGUUGCAAAUUAUUCUUUGUAAAAUUACCUGUGUGAAAUGUGGAUCCGAAUUUCCUUCCUGUAGGAGGGGGGAAGGCAUACGGGUUGUUGUGAUUGGGAUUUUUUGAAGUAUUUAGUACCGUUUUACCUCUUGUAACAAAAAUCAGGAAUGGGUCUUGAGAAUGUGUCAUGGGAUAACUUAAUGGUGUCGACCUCCGAAGCUGUACUUAACAACGAGUGUAAUUUUGAAAAUUUUUCUCAUACACAAAUGAACUGUAGUGAAAUAGAUUUGUUAAAUAAGUCGGAUAAUAUUUCUGUGAUAGUGUCUCAAAAUCUUUCCUUUUUACUUCCAAAUUGUUCAUUUGGGAAUACAUCGCUUGUGAAUUGUUCAACGGAAAACGUUUUAAAUACUGUCACCAAACCUGGAAAGACUCUAGCAGAAAUAAUCGUAAUAGCAUCCUUAUGUGCGAUUCUUUCCAUCCUGACUAUAGGGGGUAACUUGCUGGUUAUAAUAGCUUUCAAAAUGGAUAAACAGCUACAAACAAUAAGUAACUACUUUCUGUUAAGUUUAGCUGUUGCGGACAUGACGAUUGGGUUUGUAUCCAUGCCUCUGUAUUCUGUGUAUAUUAUUAUGGGGGAAUGGCCCCUGGGCCCAGUAUUUUGUGAUUUCUGGUUAUCCUUGGACUAUUUGAUGAGUAAUGCUUCGGCUGCAAACUUAAUGUUGAUUAGUUUUGACCGUUACUUCUCUGUCACUAGACCUCUGACUUACCGUGCAAAGCGAACGACUAAGAAGGUCGGAAUUAUGAUUGGAUGUGUAUGGUUAAUAUCCUUGCUGUUAUGGCCGCCAUGGAUUUUUGCAUGGCCAUACAUUGAGGGGGUUCGAUCUGUUCCAGAAAACGAGUGUUAUAUUCAGUUUAUUUAUACAAACAUAUAUGUGACGAUAGGGACACAUUUUGUUGCUUUUUGGCUUCCUGUUGCACUAAUGUGUUUUCUUUAUUUUAAAAUAUAUAAAGAAACUGAAAAAAGACAAAAAAGAAUGCCAAUGCUGUUGGCAACAAAAGACUUCAAGGGAUUCAAGAAAAGUUUAUCACAGGAACAAAACUUGAUGUAUUCUCCACGAUCCUCGUCUCUAGAACUGGAUGACAUGUAUGAAUUAGCAGAAAGCCUGGCCCAAAAUGACAGAUCGUGUUCUCGUUGGUUUUGCUGUAAAAUAGAUCGCGAUGACGACUGCGAUGAGCUGAGUAGCAGUGACCAAGCUUUGCCUUUGAGCUUAGAAGUUGAGUCGACAGGCAGACCAGCGCAACCAUCUAAACACGCCAAUGGUUGCCACCGAAAUGGGGGGCCUUCUCGCUCAAAUGGAUUCGUUAUUCCGCUAAUUGCGAUGGGUUCGAGUCGAGCGUCCUCUGCCAUCACUUCUCCGGAAUCAUUAACCAAAACGUCAAGUGCGAACACAGAUUUAUCGGCGAUGACCAAUGAAUGUCAAAGUCCACUUCUCGAUGAUACUGAUGAACUCUACACUAUUGUCAUUAAUAUCCCUAGGGAGGAAUCAAUUAACAUAACCCCUAGUCCAUCCAUUCAGAUGACUGCAGACACGCAAGAAGUCAAUCAAAAAUACAAAUUGGGACCAAAUCGGAAAUCUGAUUAUGAACUUGAAAAAAUUUCGGAGGAAGUAAUAGAGCGUAUAUCCGCCGAGGAAGGGUUAGUGUCGAGUAGUGAGUCUAUUCCAUUACCGAAAGGAACCCCGGCGCUGGGACGACGGACUAGGUACACGGACGCUAAUAGAACUGCUCAGCAGGCAAAAAUUGCUAAACAAGCUGCACUCAAAGUAAAACAACAACAAAGAGCUAGAAAGAAACGAACUGAACGAAAACAAGAUAAGAAAGCUGCCAAAACCCUGAGCGCCAUUUUAUUUGCUUUUAUCAUUACAUGGUUACCAUAUCACGUUGCAACGUUGGUAGAGGUUUCGUGUCCAGGUUGCGUUCCUAUGACCCUUUACACCUUUGCUUACUGGUUUUGUUACAUAAACAGUACUAUCAAUCCAGUGUGCUACGCACUUUGCAAUGCUAACUUCAGAAAGACUUUCUGGAAGAUUCUAACUUGCCGUUGUGCGCGCAAUCGGACGUUGAUGCAGCGUCGCAUGACGUCAAUAUAUUCAUUUGGUGCUACGAACAGAUGACACGCAGCUGGGUUGGACCGGGAUAUUUGAACACCCACGACGUGUGGGAGAGAUGUGAACUGUGAUGGCAUUUGAUACCUGUAUUCCAAAAAGGAAGAAUGUUUUGUAAAAUGUGUAUGAGCCAAAGGAAACAUAUGUUGUAAUGGUCGAAGAUGAUAUCAAACUAUGACAGAUUCCAUUGUAUUUAUUGUUGAACGCACAAUCCAAAUCAAUCUGCUUUGUUUGUUUUAAUUUUGCAUUGCCUUCUUAUUCUUAUGUCGGAACUUCUCUAGACUGUGAUAAUUUGCAUGCAAUUAAAACUUAUCUUUUCGACUUGUUAAAAAAGUUAUCAUGUAUAUGAACAUUUAUAACAGCGUAUACUACUGGGAUCAGCAUUUCGGCUUUUAAUUUAUCAAUCUGUGACAGAACAGUUCUUCCUUAUGUCGUAACAAAAAUAGGCAUUUGUAUAGAGAUAUUCACAGAAAUCAAAAGAAACCUCUCCUUCCAAAAAUAUAAUCAAGAUAAAAAAUCAGGCUUAUACUUGUACUUGCGCUAUUAAGUGAGUAUCAUUUGCAAGAAUUUCAUUCGAGUUUCUUAUGAUAGACCUAACCAACCCCUACGGGCCCGGUGAUUGGUUCAUUUUUUUUUUAAAUAUACUUGAUUAAAAAACUACAAAUUACAAUAUUAGGUUACAGCAUUAUGUGAGCUUUUUUGCAAUUCUCGGCCACAACAACAAAAAAUAUCGACCUUAAAAUUUGGGAUCAAUGGACGAGUUUAUAAUUACAGGUUACUGAUUUCUAAUAUAUGUUGUUAGCAAUUUCUUCUUGAUUUUCUUUAUAUGAUGGAAUCUUGUAACAAUCAUUUUGUUGAUAAUAAUGGUUGUACGCUACUACUUAUACGGUGUACGUUUAAUAAAUAAUGCUGCAUUGUAACUUAAAAA